UUUUUCCAUUCAGGAAGAAGAAGCAACGAAAACAACGCAAAAAGGAAAAUUUUCUUUCGAGAGAAAUCCAUUAAUUUAUUGUGCAAUUUAAGAAGGACCAAAAUGGAAGCAAAACGUGAGAGAAAGUCCUCGUUGGCUCCUCUGUCCCCUUGUCCCGUUCCGGACAUUACGGACGACGAGUUGGUCACCAUUUCUGUGAGAGAUCUGAAUCGUACCCUUAAGAUGCGUGGCCUGAAUCGCGAAGAGAUUGUGCGUAUGAAACAGCGUAGACGUACGCUAAAGAAUCGCGGAUAUGCAGCCAGUUGCAGGAUUAAAAGGAUUGAACAAAAGGACGAACUCGAGACCAAGAAAUCGUAUGAAUGGACUGAGCUGGAGCAAAUGCACGAUGACAAUGAGCAAAUACGUCGCGAGGUGGGCAACUGGAAAAACAAGUACAAGGCACUGCUGCAAUUCGCCAUACAAAACGAAAUACCCAUUCCCGCUGAGCUAGAGGGGUGCUGAGAUUGAGUGAUCCAAUAGAACUAACCAGAUGACAUUCCUACUCUGUGUUCAGACAGUAAAAGGUUUUGUAAUAAAUGAAAUUAAUAAUCACCUGUAAUUAUAGUACAAUAAUCAAAAUAAAUCAAAUCCGUCGUUUCCACCUA